AUGAAUGGUGCUACCACAUCUAGCAGCUUAAAGUCAGCCUUCUCAUACUGUGUACAACAAGUUCGCAACUAUGAUUAUCAUCACUACCUCUGUCUUCUUGAACUCCCAACCACCAUGCGAAGAGCUGCUUUUGCUCUUCGGGCCUUCAAUGUCGAAACAUCAAGAGCAAUGGAUGUUGCUUCAGACCCGAAAAUUGGCUUAAUGCGUCUUCUAUGGUGGCAAGAUGCCAUUGAGAAGAUCUUCAAGAACAAAACCAUCGAACACCCAACUGCUCAAGCUCUCGCAUCUGUACUAUCUGAACAAAAAAUCAGCAAAAACUGGUUGAAGCGAUCUGUUGAAGCUCGUAUAAACGAUGCCCAAAGGGAUGUUGAUGACAUCUAUCAAACAAUUGAAGAGUUAGAGAAAUAUGCUGAAGAUACUUCAUCAACUCUUCUGUAUACAACUCUUCAAGCAGGAGGAAUAACAUCAACAACUGCAGAUCAUGCAGCUUCACAUAUAGGAAAAGCAAGUGGUCUUCUUUUGCUGAUAAAGUCUCUUCCCUAUCAUGCUAACAGGAACCAUAGCUUUUCUUAUAUACCAUUAAAGGUGGCUGAAAAACAUGGGUUGUUAGUGAAAAAUGGAGAUAGGGUGGAAAUAAGAACUGAUUCACGUGAGAAAUUGAGUGAUGCGGUUUUUGAUAUGGCAUCCAUGGCUAAUGCCCAUUUGCAGAAAGCUCGUGUUUUGACUGAAUCAGUGCCUAAAGAAGCUAGGUCAAUACUUCUGCCAGCUGUCCCUUCACAAGUGGUUUUGGAUUCUUUGAGUCGAGUUGGGUUUGAUGUGUUUGACCCGAGGCUAAAUCGGGGGAUUUUGGGUGUUCCUCCAUUGUUGUUUCAGUUGAAAUUGAAGUGGCAUUCAUGGAGAGGUAUGUACUAA